UGUUGCUUCUCCACUUACGCCCGGCCUUCUCCAGGGCCCUCCUCAGCUCUGGCUCUAAUUCCGGCUCCAGCAGCAGGCCCACCCAGGGCUCUUUCCUGGUUCUGGGCAGGAGCCCCAGAUGCAGACCUUGUUCCCAAGCCAAACUGCUCAUCCCUCAGCCUCCUGCCUGGACGUCUGACUCCUAUUUUGGCUGAUGUGGGUGGGACCCCAGGGGCAGAGGUAGCUAGGCUUUUGAUAACCACCACCCUUCUCCAGGGUCCUUGAGCUUGUGAAUGUGACCUCCAUGGAGUUGUCCAUUGACAGCAGGGCCACACUCAGGCCCAGGCAAAGGGAGAAGUACUCCGUCCUCCCCCACUGAGUUCCCUUGUGCAAGGAGCAGCCCGUUCACUGAAUGCCGCCAUUGUUGAAAUGUUCUUCUGCACCACCUGUGAGGCACCUAGGGGAAGAUGAAAGACCUGGAGGGACCACGACUUUGAGAUGCAGCCGCACGGAGCCCCGGGGCCUGGAAACUCCUUCUCCCACAGCCACCUGCCGGGGCGCCCUGCCCACCCCUCAAAGCUCCCUGGAGGGGUGUCACCUCUCAUCCCCGUCCUCAGGAAAACCAUCCGUCUGGAUGCCUUCUCCCAAAGCCACAUCCCACAGGCCUCCAGCCGACCGAGCCUCGGAGCCAUGGCCCGGAGCGUGCCCCCACAGGAGACUGGAAACAGCCUCAGGCCUAGGAAGCUCAGCGCCAUCUCCUUAACACUCCAUCACAACAGCCAGGCAUGGCCCCUGCGCCCCUUACCUUCUCACUGGGAAGGGGUGCCCACCCUGGGCAGGGAGGCUGCCACCCACGGAAGAGGGAGGCUGCCCACCCCAGACCCACCAUCUGUGGCACCAGUGCCAGGGGGCAGGGUCCACCCUGAGGGCCCAGGGAACCCAGGUCUGGCCAAACCCAGCAGGAUGCCAGUAGUGGAGAAGCCCCUGGUGAGUUCCUACCUGGCCCUACCUUUCCAAUCUAGACUGGCCCAGAGUCCACCAGACCCUGCAGGGCCAGGCUCAGUGGGUCAGAGGCACCCUGUUUCAAUGACUGCCCCUGUGCCUACCAGAGCUUCCCCAGGAAGAGGCAAGUCCCGGGCCAGAGGGAUCCCAAGACCCCGGCUGCACCUCCAAAGGGCCACUCCUGCCACGGGGCCUGCGAUGGCGAUGGAUUUGACUACUCUGGACACAACGAGACCAGGCACAGCCUUACAUCUAGCCACAAUGGCCACCAACAGACCUAGCUUGGCUGUCAACUUAGCCACACCAAACACAUCCAGACUGGGCACAGGGUUCCCUGCUCUGGGUAGCAAACUGGGCACAGCCACGGACUUGGCUAUAGCAGGCAGAGCCAGGCGGGGCCCAGUCAAAGACCCAGUAGCCCCAGACCCAGAUAAGUUGGGCAAAGCCAUAGCUACAGCCGGCACAGUCAAGCCAGAUACAACCACAGGGGCCCCAGCUGUGGAUUUGGCAGCCCCAGACCUGGAAAAGCUGGGCACAGCGAGGCCGGACACGGCCCUGGCUUUGGCUAGAGUGAAUCCAGCCAGGCUGCACAUAACUAUGGAAUCUCUUGUUUUCGGCACAAGCAGGCAGGGCACAGCCACGGGUUCAGUUGUGCCGGUCACCCUAAACCCAGCCACUGGGGAGACCACACUGGACAGGGUCAUUAACCUGACCACAUCAGACAUUGCCACCUGUCCACUGAUGUCAAGCGGAAGCACAACCCCAGCCCUGGACCAUUCUACAGAUGCUGCCACAGACCUGGCCAAAGAGACCAGAGGUAACUGCGAAGAGCUUGGCUGGCGAUGA